CAGUGAUAUAAAGCGUUCUGAAAACGUUGGCUUUUGGUUUGAAGUAUUGAUUGUGUGCGCGAAGCUUUUUAAGCGCUUGAAUUUUGUUUGAUAUGCAUGUGUGCCGAACCAGAUAGAAGUUAGAAAAUUGUCUGUAUUUCCCCCCUAGCGUUGUUUUGUAAUAGUAAAUAAAUAAACGACACAACUUUCUUGUACACUUGCGGACUGUCUACCAUUCACGCAAAAUCAUUACUGAUCAAAACUUUUUGGAAAUUUGAAAUAUUAGCUCUGUGAGAAACGUGCAUAUUUUCACUACCGGUCAACAAUGGGGGAUAUAGGAGCCUUUAUGCGCGGCCGUGCAUCCAGGAGCGCGCCGGAAGUACCGAUGAAUUUGCAAGACGAAGAUCUUGCGAAAACUAGAGCUGACUUCUGGAUUUAUUCAGAGGUGCGUGAGGCCAUGACUGAGUUCUGGCAGGAGCACUCACAGGAGGCGUCCCUUGAGGAGAUGAUGUUGGACACGAACGCCCAUCAGCUGACCAAGCAUGAGCUCCCAGAGAUACUCUCCUACCUUCCAAGCUAUGAGGGAAAGGACGUAGUAGAGCUGGGAGCCGGAAUAGGGAGAUUUACCACAACCCUUGCUCAGUCGGCCAAUCACGUGGUCGCUGUGGACUUUAUGGAGAAGUUCCUUAACAAGAACCGAGAGCUUAACGGACAUCAGGAGAACAUUGAGUUUAUAUGUGAGGAUGUGACCAAGUUGACACUUGAAAAUAACAGCUGUGACCUGAUCUUCUCCAACUGGCUCAUGAUGUACUUGGAAGAUGAGGAAGUCCGCAGUCUGAUCCGCAAAAAACUGGAGUGGAUCCGGGAAGGCGGCUACUUGUUUGCCCGGGAGUCCUGCUUCAGCCAGUCAGGAAAUAUAAAGCGCAGCAAGAACCCAACAAAGUAUCGAGACCCAAGUACUUACAUGGCGAUAUUUAGCAUGACCACAAUUCCAAGUGAUGUCGAAGGAGAAGUGUUUGGAUUUGAGCUUGUGCUAUCAAGACCUGUCAGCUCGUAUGUCAAAAUGAAGCAAAACCACAAUCAAGUUAUCUGGCUUCUGCAAAAGCUUCGUAGAAAAGCCAGCACAGACAACAGCACCUCUGGCACAAUUCAAGAGUUCCUGGACAAUCAGCAGUAUUCACUCAAUGGAAUCCUCCGAUACGAGAAAGUGUACGGUCAUACGUUUGUAAGCACAGGAGGGAUCGAAACAACACGGGACUUUGUCUCGAGGCUUGACCUCCAACCAGGCCAGUUAGUAUUAGAUGUAGGCUGUGGAAUAGGCGGGGGUGCUUUCUACAUGGUCAAGGAGUUCGGUGUUCAAGUCUUGGCCAUUGAUCUCUCUACAAACAUGAUCAGCCUGGCUAGACAAAGGGCACAGGAAGUAGGGGUCAAUGAUGAUGAGGUACAGUUUGAGAUUGCUGAUGCAACAAAACGAGAUUACAAACCAGAGACGUUUGACGUGAUCUACAGCCGGGACACUAUUCUUCACAUUCAGGACAAGCUUGCUCUCUUUAAGCAAUUCUAUAAAUGGUUGAAGCCUGGAGGGAAGCUGUUCAUCACUGACUACUGCUGCAGCGACGGUGACCAUAGCGACAAGUUCAAGGCCUACGUGAACCAGAGAAGUUACAAUCUACUAUCACCCGCCAAGUAUGGCGAGGUUAUUACAGCAGCUGGAUUCUCUACAGUGGAUGCUAGGGAUAGGACAGACUUGUUUGUGGAAUGCCUUGAGAAGGAACUAGUACACCUCCAGUCUAUCCAGGAAGAGUUUGUACAGCAAUUCUCGCAAAGCGACUACGACUACUUAGUGAAUGGGUGGAAGGAUAAGCUGGGACGAACAGAAGACCAAAGGUGGGGGGUGUUCUAUGCAGAGAAGAAUUGAGGGCAGAAACAAUAAUGGAAGAUUGACCGGGAAAUUGACAUAGUAGCAAUAUGUGAUGGCAAUAAAAUCACGUUAUGAAGGGAUCCAUGCGCUAUAAUUCUCUGAACUUAUUACCAUUUGUCACAGGUAGAUAGGUUUGUCAGUUGAUGGUUUAUAUUUUAGGUUUGAUAUGGUGCAUUGUACAUUACACUAGAGUAUAUCUUAAAAAUUAGCCAUGUUUAUGUUCAUAGAUUAAGAGUCCCCGGGUUGCUGUUUUGAUGCUUUAUUAUAUAGAAGAUAAAAAAUAUUUAUUAUAUGGACCAUGCUAUGUGAAAAGGGGGUUUAACGUAUAUUGCGCUCAUGAAAUUAUGGGUAAUUUUUUUAUAACCUGUUAUGGAUUUUUACUGUGAUUAUUUAUUGUUUUAUUAAGGACAUAUUUUUAUGCCCAAUGUUUUUAAUUCAAACCAUCAGUAUUAAGAUUUGUUAUAUCACCUGCUGAUAAAAGAACCAUUAUGUUUUAUACGUGAUACGAUCAAUGUGCUAUUUCAUGUAUAUCAUAUCUAAUUUAACAUUACUGAUGUCUUUUGUUAGUGUUUUGAUAACAAAGCUGAAAUAAAAAUGUGGUCGAAAUAUUA